AUGGCUCUAACUGCAUCUGCAAAGGUAAGAGUAAGAGGAGGACAAAGGUCUCCGAGGAUGGGUCAAGAAAAGCUUGAGAAAAAUGGGAUAACAAGGCGCCAUUCUCUUCCUAGUGGAGCCAACGGUAAGCUGAGUACAAUGUCUCCAAGAGCUCACAGGCUUCUCAUAGCUUCAGCUAAAGGAUCAAUGAACAGUGACAUAUCUUUUUCUUCUUCCAAGGACAUUGGUGAUAAAUGGGCAAAAGCUGAAUGGAAACGGUGA